GUGCCUAAAUAAGGAAAAAAAAUAUUUCCAAAGAGGAAAAGAUUCACUGCUGUUGAAUAUAAUAAUAAACAAGUAAUUUUUAAUAAUAAUAUAUAAAUAAAUAAAUAAACAAUGGCUGAUCCAGAACUUGAAGCACUUCGUCAACAACGUCUUGCACAAUUGCAAUCACAAUACAAGGGUGGAGAUGGACAAAACCAACAACAGCAGCAACAACAGGCAGAGGAGAAGAGACAACAAAUGGAAGAUAUGAAACAUUCAAUUUUAACCCAGGUUCUUGAUCAAGCAGCUCGAGCAAGAUUAAAUACAUUAUCUUUGGGAAAACCAGAAAAAGCUAAAAUGGUAGAAAAUAUGUUAGUUGGCAUGGCACAAAGAGGACAACUUCCUGGUAAACUUGGUGAAAAAGAACUCAUCAGUUUGCUUGAAAGUGUUAAUCAACAAACUCAAAAGAAAACAGUUGUUAAAUUUGACAGACGUCGAGCAGCUCUAGACUCUGAUGAUGAUGAUUUGUAGCAUUUAAAAAUAACAAAAUAUUAUAAAAUAAUCAUCUAAUUAUUAAAAGAAACACAAAAAUUUGUAAGUUUUGUAUUAUUUUUAUUAUUUAUCUGUCAAUUCCAACUGACCAUUAUCAUUUAUCUAAUUAAAAACAAAUUUUACAAUUUAUCAUUCAAUAAAUUAUGAAGACAUUGAUUAACUCAAUCUUCAAAGAAAAAAUAAAUAAAUAAUAACAAUUGAUUUAUCAAUGCUGAAAAUUAGUCCAACAAUUUAUCAUAAUUUUAAAUCCAUGACUUAGAUCUGGAAUGCACCAUGAUUUUGUAAUUAAAAAAAACAAAUAAAUAAAUUACAAUCACACACACACACACAUACAAUCAACAAGAACCAAAUGAAUUUUAAUAAAAAAAAAAAAAAAAUUAU